CGCCGGGGGGCCGCCCGAGUGACAGCUUCGGGAACCGCUUCUCUGACGGAGUUCGGUCUCGCCGGGCCCUGGUUCCUUCUCUCUGUACUUCGCGAAAAUAAUUAUUUUUGACAGAAGCAUUUUAAAAAGAAAACUCUUGAUAAUGGCCUCAGCAGUACUUAGUUCUGUUCCCACCACUGCUUCUCGCUUCGCCUUGUUGCAAGUAGAUAGUGGCAGUGGUUCUGAUUCGGAGCCUGGAAAAGGCAAAGGCCGGAAUUCUGGGAAGUCUCAAGCUUUGGGAAACAAAUCAACUACAAAUGAGAAAAAGAGAGAGAAGAGAAGGAAGAAGAAGGAACAGCAACAGAGUGAAGCAAAUGAGCUCAGGAAUCUUGCUUUUAAGAAAAUUCCUCAGAAAUCCUCCCAUACUACAUAUAACACUCAUCAUGAGCUUUCACUGUCAAAUCCAGCGCAAAAGGAGUCACGGGAAGAAAACUGGCAGGAGUGGAGACAGAAAGAUGAGCAGAUAACAUCUGAAAUGUUUGAAGCAGAUCUUGAGAAGGCACUGUUGCUAAGUAAAUUGGAAUAUGAGGAGCACAAAAAGGAGUAUGAAAAUGCUGAAAAUGUUUCAACUCAGUCAAAAGUUAUGAAUAAAAAAGACAAAAAAAGGAAUCAGCAGGGAAAAGAUAAACCUCUCACAGUAUCACUGAAAGAUUUUCAAUCUGAAGAUCACAUUAACAAAAAGACUGAGGAAUUGAGUACUUCUCAGACUUUAUCACAUGAUGGAGGAUUUUUCAAUAGACUGGAAGAUGAUGUUCAUAAAAUUCUUAUUAGAGAAAAAAGAAGAGAGCAACUUUCAGAAUAUAAUGGAACAGAUAAUGGUACAACUCCUGAACAUAACCAGGAAGUGGUUUUAAAAGAUGGAAGAAUUGAAAGACUGAAGUUGGAACUUGAGAGAAAAGAUGUUGAAAUCCAGAAGCUAAAAACUGUGAUCACUCAGUGGGAGGCAAAGUAUAAAGAAGUAAAAGCAAGAAACGCACAAUUAUUGAAAAUGCUUCAGGAAGGUGAAAUGAAAGAUAAAGCAGAGAUACUUCUGCAAGUUGAUGAAUCACAGAGUAUCAAGAAUGAGCUAACUAUACAGGUUACAUCACUUCAUGCUGCAUUAGAACAAGAACGAUCUAAAGUAAAAGUAUUACAAGCAGAAUUAGCCAAAUACCAGGGUGGCAGAAAAGGGAAAAGAAACUCUGAGUCUGACCAGUGUAGGUGAUUUCAUUAGCUUUUCAAGUCAACACAAAAGCUAACACUUUCAGGGUUUUACAAAAUGUAUAUAUUUAAUGUUGUGUAACUGCUAAACUAUGCAGUUUUUGUUGAAGGAAUUAAAAGCAACUAGCUCAUUAUAGUCUAUAAUUUUAUGUUCUUUUGACUUAAAGAAAAAAGAAGAAAUAGAGGAUUCCAGAAACUCAGUGAUUAUUGUUUACUAUCCAUCCUUAUCACCUUAGUUUUUCAUCAGUCAAUAAAAUUUACUCUUCCAC